CUGCCAAGAUGGCUGCUGCGUCUUCCUCGGAUUCCAACAGCUGCGGAGCUGAGAGCAGUGAGGCCAAUUCGAAAUGGCUGGACGCGCACUACGACCCCAUGGCCAACAUCCACACAUUUUCGGCCUGCCUGGCGCUGGCAGAUUUGCAUGGGGACGGGGAGUACAAGCUGGCGGUGGGGGACCUUGGCCCAGGUGGGCGGCAGCCCUGCCUGAAGGUGCUCAAAGGGCCAGUGGUGCUGACUGAGAGCCACCUGCCUGCCCUGCCAGCCGCUGCUGCCACCUUCCUCAUGGAGCAGCACGAGCCCCGGACGCCAGCCCUGGCUCUCGCUUCAGGCCCUUGCGUCUACAUCUAUAAGAAUCUUAGGCCCUACUUCAAGUUCAGCGUACCCCAGUUGCCUCCAAACCCUCUGGAACAAGAUGUUUGGAACCAGGCCAAGGAGGACCGGAUUGACCCUUUAACGCUGAAGGAAAUGCUGGAGGGGAUCCGGGAGAAGGCCGAGGUGCCGUUGUCUGUGCAGUCACUCAGGUUUCUGCAGCUGGAGCUGGGCGAGAUGGAGGCGUUUGUGAACCAGCACAAGUCCAAGGCCAUCAAGCGGCAGACGGUCAUCACCACCAUGACCACCCUGAAGAAGAACCUGGCUGAUGAGGACGCCAUGUCCUGCCUGGUGCUGGGCACCGAGAACAAGGAGCUGCUGGUGCUGGACCCUGAGGCCUUCACCGUUUUGACCAAGAUGAGCCUUCCCAGCGUCCCUGUGUUCCUGGAGAUUUCGGGCCAGUUUGAUGUUGAGUUCCGGCUUGCUGCUGCCUGCCGCAAUGGCAACAUCUAUAUUCUGAGAAGAGACUCCAAGCACCCCAAGUACUGCAUCGAGCUGAGCGCCCAGCCCGUUGGGCUUGUCCGGGUACACAAGGUCCUGGUGGUCGGCAGCACCCAAGACAGCCUGCACGGCUUCACCCACAAGGGCAAGAAGCUGUGGACAGUGCAGAUGCCUGCAGCCAUUCUGACCAUGAACCUCCUGGAGCAGCGUUCCCGAGGCCUGCAGGCUGUCAUGGCUGGACUGGCCAAUGGCGAGGUCCGCAUCUACCGUGACAAGGCCCUGCUGAACAUCGUCCGCACCCCGGAUGCAGUGACCAGCCUUUGCUUUGGCCGCUAUGGGCGGGAAGACAACACCCUGAUCAUGACCACAAAAGGCGGUGGCCUGAUUAUCAAGAUCCUGAAGCGCACAGCCGUGUUUGUGGAGGGGGCCGGUGAGGCAGGCCCCCCACCAGCCCAGUCCAUGAAGCUCAGCGUGCCCCGGAAGACCCGGCUGUACGUGGACCAGACCCUGCGAGAGCGCGAGGCUGGCACCGCCAUGCACCGAACCUUCCAGACAGAACUCUACCUGCUGCGCCUCCGUGCCUCCCGGGCCUACGUGCAGGCCCUCGAGUCCAGCCUGAGCCCCGUGUCUGCGACAGCCUGGGAGCCGCUCAAGCUGCACGCGGUGGUCCAGGGCCUGGGCCCCACCUUUAAGCUCACACUUCACCUGCAGAACACUUCGAUGGCCCGGCCCAUCGUGGGGCUGCUGGUCUGCUUCCUGUACAACGAGGUGCUCUAUUCCCUGCCCCGGGCCUUCUUCAAGGUCCCCUUGCUGGUGCCAGGGCUCAGCUACCCCCUGGAGACCUUUGUGGAGAGUCUCAGUGACAAGGGCAUCUCAGACGUCAUCAAGGUGCUGGUGCUGCGGGAAGGCCGGUCCGCGCCUCUGCUAAGCGCCCACAUCAACAUGCCUGUGAGCGAGGGGCUGGCAGCUGCCUGAUCCCCGAAACCUGUGUAAAGCCAGAGCCGGGGGACACACCACCUCUGCUGGGCAGCAGGCCCCCGCAUAGCAGGGUGCUGGUGGCAGCACCCCUCUUCUCUCCUAAA